AUGGCACCAGAGCUAGCCAGAGCCUACCUCAAGGCGGGUCCUGGCCAUGCACAGCAUUGCCCAGUAGUGCUGACUGCAUCAAUGGACCUGUGGAGUAUUGCAAUCUGCGUUCUGGAGACGGUGUUUUUGUCAUCUGCGCUGACCGACAGAUACCUGCAGUUGAAGCGAAGGACGGGCGCUGACAUGGACUUCUUGACAUGGCUGGCUGACAUGGAGACUGACAUCAUCGCGCCAGCGAUGUACGACGCAGUCCGAAGCAGAAGCGGAGCCUUGGCCAACUUCCUGUGCGGCAUGUUGCGGAAGGAUGCAUCAAAGCGUUUAUCCGCGGCCGAGUGUCUGAAGCACAAAUGGUUCCAUCACCUCCACAGGAAGCUACAGAUGACCACGGGCCCCGUUCGACGAGCCCAAAGUGUGCAACACUUGCCAGCAAGAAGUGUUCAACCAACUACCACGGAUGCGGUCCACCGCAGCAGGUCUGACACAGCUGACCCACAACCGCAAGCUCCCAUUCAAAUUGCGACUGAUGUUCAAGCAUCAACCACGUGCACGGUUACGUGA